AUGCGUGCGAUAUCCCAGCUGGUCUACGGAAUCCGCUCGUAUCUCAGAGCCGAGCCCUAUGAGUAUUUCCUGCAGCAGAAAGACACCAUCUACAUCCACAACAUGGCCAUCGCCAUCUUCGUCUUGUCUCUUCUGUGGUUGGCGGCCUACAUUAUCAAAGAAGGGCAAGUGGGAGGAUUGCUGAUGAAUUUGGUUCUCUUUACCAUGGUAAUUCUGGAAUUCCCAACGGGGAUCCUGUCCAUUACGAUGAAGAAGACACUGAUUCGAGAAGAGAAUCAUCACAUCCUGACCAUCACCAUGGAGAAGACCCUCCAUUCGAACAGCACUGAAGAUGUUCAAGCCUGGAAUGCGAUGCAGAGCACCCUGAAAUGCUGCGGAGUCACGAAUCACUCUGAGUGGACCGUCAUCCCAAGUUCCUGCUGCGAAGGAUCCCCACCUCAAUGCCCGGAGUCAUCAGCCUACGGAGAUCCCUGCGAGGCAAUAGUGCUUCGCCUGCUCCAAGAAGAGCUCAUCCCGAUUCUUCAAACGGCUGGAUUGCUGUUCUUGGUUCCGGCCACGUUUUCGAUAUCCCAGCUGGCCUAUGGGGUCCGGUCGAACGUCAGAGCCGAGCCCUAUGAGUUUUUCCUGCAGCAGAAAGACACCAUCUACAUCCACAACAUGGCCAUCGCCAUCUUCGUAAUCCUGGAAUUCUCAUCGGGGAUCCUAUCCAUUACGAUGAAGAAGACACUGAUUCGAGAAGAGAAUCAUCACAUCCUGACCAUCACCAUGGAGAAGACCCUCCAUUCGAACAGCACUGAAGAUGUUCAAGCCUAGAAUGCGAUGCAGAGCACCCUGAAAUGCUGCGGAGUCACGAAUCACUCUGAGUGGACCGUCAUCCCAAGUUCCUGCUGCGAAGGAUCCCCACCUAAAUGCCCCGAGUCGUCAGCCUACGGAAAUCCCUGCGAGGCAAUAGUGCUUCGCCUGCUCCAAGAAGAGCUCAUCCCGAUUCUCCAAACGGCUGG